GGCUGAUAUUCAGUGUCGGAUAUGACACAUGGAACCGCCCUCCGCUCCUUGCAGCUCCGGUUCCCAGGAUAUCCCAUGUUUGAUCUCUGGUUGCAAUUCGGUCGCGGCCUUUAAAACUCCUCCAAUAUAGCGUCUUAUGAAUUCACUCGAUUCCCUGUCAUGUCCGUGGCUAUCGUGACCGGUGCCGGCCAAGGAAUUGGCAAAGCAAUUGCUCUCAGACUCGCUGACGAUGGCUUUGAUGUGGCUAUCAAUGACCUGCCUUGCAAAUCAGAAGCACUGGAAUUGCUUUCAGCGGAAAUCUCGGCAAAGGGUAGGAGGUCGUGCAUAAUUCUUGCUGAUGUGUCUGUGGAACAAGAGGUGGAAGAUAUGGUGACCAAAGUGGUCACAGAGUUGGGUCGAUUGGAUGUCAUGGUUGCUAACGCCGGAAUGGGUUUUGGGCGGCGACUGCUGGACACCCAAAUUGAGGACUGGGAUCGCGUCCUCAGUGUCAACGCCCGAAGUGUUUUUAUCUGUUACAAACUUGCUGCAAAACAGAUGAUCAAGCAAGGGACUGGGGGUCGAAUCAUUGGAGCGUGUUCGGUCCUUGGACAGCAAGGUGGAAGAUUCGUUAGCGCUUAUAGUGCCUCGAAAUUCGCUAUUAGAGGCCUUACGCAAUGUGCAGCCACUGAAUUUGGAGAAUAUGGGAUCACAGUAAACACCUAUGCUCCAGGCGCAAUAGAUACUCCUAUGAUGGUUGAAGCCGCCCAAGAUAUGGGUGGUGUGGACGCCUUCUACGAGAAGGAGAGAAACAAAAGCCCGUUGGGAAUGAUGGGCGAGCCUUCUGAUGUUGCUGGUGUUGUUUCAUACCUUGCAUCGAGAGACGGUCGCUUCGUUACAGGUAGCUAAUCUCUUCGCUUUUGCUCCUUAACCUUUACUGAAAAAAAUGGCGUCUGCCGCUUAGGUCAAACGGUAAGGUCUUUCUUCUCUUUCGUGCCAUUUGGUUCUCACUGUAACUUGAAGAUACCGGUUAACGGCGGCAGGUUUUACUCCUAGAUGAGGGUAAUGUACAAGCUAGUAAAAUAUUUUCGU